AGGCUUGGAGCACCUGAAGGACUCGCGAUUAUACCGGCAGAUGUGAAGGCUCUCCAUGAUGAGCGCUCCACCGCCUCCCGGUGCGAGUCAGCUGCCACAACCGCCGUCCAAGCGCGGAUCGGGCACGCCGUCUGGAUGUGAAAAUCAAAGUUAGGCUCUAGAUGCUGAUGUGUAGACCUACUCCUUUCUAUGCUCAAGAUGAAACUGCUGCGCGUACUAGACAGGAGGAACAUGGAUGCUGUGUGCUGUUCACCUCUCAUCCUGCCCACGAAAGUUGUGUCUCACUCCACGGUUUAAGACAGCAAACCUGAACCUUUUGAGUCCAAAGUCCUGUUUUUGGUUCAGAGAAUAUGCAACGAUUUUUCUUGUCUAUCCUGUCUUGAAUGUUUCUAACAGUGUUUUUGUGCCAGCUGCAUAAUAACACUCAGUUUUAACAUCAAUAACAUUUUCAAGAUGGAUGACCUGAUUUCAGUGCAGUAGGUUUUGCUGGCAUAUAUUAUACUUGUCUCUCAGUGGUUCUGCAUGCAUCCUGUAGUUUAGUUGAUGCAUUGCCAACAUAAUGGCUCAUUUGCCAUAUGCAUCAACAUUCAAACUGUGUUUUGACAAGACACAGUUAAUGUGAUUAUUAGUAAAAUGGCAUUAUGAGAAUGCCCUGAUGUGCCCUGUCUCCUGUGUUACAGUCUACUUUUGCUGCACAGGACAGUGUCAAGCAUCAGUGUAGUAUUGGAACAGAUGAUUCCUGUGCUGGACAAUAUGACCCCAGCACCUCUGAUACAGAACUGCUCCAACUGCAGCCAGGUUUUUGUCCCAGAGCUCGAUGUGGUCAAGGCUGUGGUUUUGGGCUUGGUGCUUGGUGUCUUCAUUGUGUUUGGAGUUGUGGGAAACAUCCUGGUAAUCCUCUCAGUAGUGUGCCAUCGGCACCUGCGGACAGUCACACAUUAUUUUAUUGUUAAUCUGGCAGUGGCAGACUUGCUGCUGAGCUCCACCGUACUACCCUUCUCUGCCAUUUUUGAGAUCCUGGAUCGCUGGGUGUUUGGACGGGCCUUUUGUAAUGUUUGGGCAGCUGUGGACGUGCUCUGCUGCACUGCCUCCAUCAUGAGCCUGUGUGUGAUCUCUGUUGACCGCUACAUUGGAGUCAGUUAUCCUCUGCGUUACCCAGCUAUAAUGACAAAACGCAGGGCUCUGCUGGCAGUGAUGGUGCUGUGGGUGCUCUCUAUCAUCAUAUCUAUUGGACCUUUGUUUGGCUGGAAAGAGCCAGCACCAGAGGACGAGUCCAUCUGCAAGAUCACAGAGGAGCCGGGCUACGCUGUCUUCUCUGCUGUGGGCUCUUUCUACCUCCCUCUGGCCAUCAUACUGGCCAUGUACUGUCGGGUUUAUGUGGUAGCUCGCAGAGAAAGCCAGGGCCUGAAGGAGGGCCACAAGACCGAGAAGUCAGACUCAGAGCGAGUGAUACUGAGGAUACACAGAGGCAACACAACUGCAUCAGAGGACGAGGCCCUUCGUAACCGCACACAUUUUGCACUACGGCUGCUCAAGUUCUCACGUGAGAAAAAGGCAGCGAAGACCUUGGGCAUUGUGGUUGGCUGCUUUGUGUUGUGCUGGCUGCCCUUUUUCCUGGUGCUACCCAUCGGCUCCAUAUUUCCUGCAUAUAGACCUUCAGAGACCGUGUUCAAGAUUACCUUCUGGCUCGGUUACUUCAACAGCUGCAUAAACCCCAUCAUCUACCCGUGCUCCAACCAGGAGUUUAAGAAAGCUUUCCAGAGUUUGCUCGGAGUUCACUGUUUGAGAAUGACUCCCAGACUACACCAUCAUCAUCUGAAUGCACAGCAGAGUCAAACUCAAGGUGCCAGCCAGCCCCUUACUUUGGGUAUGGAUAGUAGGGGAGCUCCCUGUCGGCUUAGCCCCUCUUCCUCUAUGGCCUUGUCCAGAACCCCUUCCUCCAGGGACAGCAGGGAGUGGAGGGUCUUUGCUGGAGGACCCACAAGCGGAUCUGGAACAGCCAAAACGAACAGGACUAAAGUAGUCAAAUUCUGUAGUCAAAGCUUCCACCAGACUUGCUGCUGCAUUCUUAGUAGUGUGACCCCCCCUCAGGAGUCAAACUGUACCCAGACCCCUUAUGUAGGAAACCCUCCCACCAUUAAAAUCCACCAAAUGUCCCUGUCAGAAAAAGGAGAGCCUGUAUAACGACUGUAAUCCUUCAUCCAUAAGUCAUGACUCCCCUUUCAAGGUUAUAAAUGAGACUAUACUGUAUUUCCUUUUACUCUGUUAACAUCACAGCGGAUGAGCCUUGUGAGCUGUGACUGUUCUGAAACUUAAAUCUGGAAUAUUUCAGCUAUUACAUCAUUCUGUGAUUUUUCUUGAAUGUACACUUGCCUAAAUCAUCCAAAGAAAUAUCAGAGGUAUUUGUCCCUUUUAAUAAUAAGAGGGCUUGUUAGCUUUUUAAAUACAAACUACAGCAAAAUACAACUUGGGAGAUUUAUCAUAAUAUUACUGACAUAAUUAUUUUGUUUUUAAAAUCAUGACAAUAAAGCAAAUAUUUAUUAAAUAUUGGAAACAUGUGGGGAAAAUCACCUGUAACACAUGAAAAGAUCCAUAGAGAAAAGCUGUGAAAUAGUUUCCUCAAGAGGACCAAAGGACUUCUAUGUGUUUACAUAUUUUAUAGAAGAGCAAGUGAAAUGUAAAAAAAAAAAGUAAAUAAGAAAAAUUUUAUAUAUGUUACCAAAAAUGCUGAUCAGUGGUGCUCCUGUUGUCUCCUGUCAUGAAAAUGUUGUGUACUGCUCUGUACACAGCAAAAACCAAGAGGCCGUGCGUACUUCCCUGUCACAUUACAAUAAAUUUGUAUGACAUAUUCUUAAAAAGGGGUAAGUGAGGAUGUUUUUGGACUCUGGGGGGGAUGGGGGGUUAAUCACCAAGUAUAUAACCCCUCAAAGUUUCUACUUCAUCUCUCCACAUGCCCAUAAUUUUGUCUACCUCCAAGCAGUGCCAGAUGGAUGUCUCAUUAUUCUCCUGUGGAAUUUGAACUAACCUUGCGGUUGCUGACCUCAAUCCUCUCCGGCCCCCAAGCCUCUCAAAAGACCCACCAGAUUUAGAGAUGUCAAGUCAUACACAGCCUUCUCUCGGGCCAUACUCCUCAUGUUUCUGUCUUUUUUCCCUCACUAUUCAAAUACAAAGCACGCAGCUUGGUAAAGAUCUGCCAUGGUUGCUGUUUACCAGUGCAAAGGUGAAAAACUGAGUGUUUACUGUGAGUUCAAGACUGCAAAGUGUCUCUCUGUUCACGCAGAGACAUCAAAGUGCAAGAGAACAACCUCUGCUAACUGUAUUGAUUUAUUUUCUCCUAGGUACUCCUUCUAUAGUUCCAAGAUGCUCUCUUUUAUGUGUGAGAAGGAAGAGAUGCAGUCAGCAUCAUUAAGUCAACAUCCCCCUCUGUGCGUUGAGUUCAUUCCUAGGAGCAGAGUUGACAGCUUCCCACAGGGGAGAUACCAGGAAAUGCAGGGAGAGUGCUUGUCCGUGUCCACGCUGUCAAUGACUAGCAUGUCUGUGAAGCAGUAAAUUUCACUGUCUCUGCACAGAUGCCAGGAGAGAAGCUACUACAGAUAGGAGGGAUGGCCCAUUUCCUCCUCCCUCUAUUGUAUGCCUGCAGAGAGCAGUCAGUUUAUGAAUGAAACCUCACCUGUAUUCAGUACUUUAUAAAUAUGUCAUCCUGUAAAUGCAUUAUCUUUUAUUAAUACCAUAAUUAGAUCUGCAGAUCAAGAACCACACUCCUGUUUCUUCAGCAGUCCCUCAUUUUGUCCAGCUGCCU